GGCGAGACCGCAAGGAGGCGGAACUGAGGGCGAGCGGAGCCUGGGAACUGCGGACUGUCACUAGCGAGGCACCCGCCGACCCGGAAGGAGCUGAGGAUAGCUGGGGCCCUGGCAGCCAUAGCGCUUUGCACAGCCGGCUUGGAGCGUGUAGGACGGGCACGGAGCAGGGUUGCGUUCUCUGGAGUCGCAGACCCUGUAAGAUCUGGAUAUGUCCUUCAUAUUUGACUGGAUUUACAGUGGUUUCAGCAGUGUGCUGCAGUUUCUAGGAUUGUAUAAAAAGUCUGGUAAACUGGUAUUCCUUGGAUUGGAUAAUGCCGGGAAAACAACUUUGCUACACAUGCUGAAAGAUGACAGGCUCGGGCAGCACGUCCCAACGUUACAUCCCACUUCAGAAGAGCUUACUAUUGCUGGCAUGACGUUUACAACUUUUGAUCUCGGUGGGCACGUGCAAGCCCGAAGAGUAUGGAAAAACUACCUUCCUGCUAUCAAUGGCAUUGUAUUUCUUGUGGAUUGUGCAGACCAUGAAAGGCUGUUAGAAUCAAAAGAAGAACUUGAUUCACUAAUGACAGAUGAAACCAUUGCCAACGUGCCUAUUCUAAUUCUUGGAAAUAAGAUCGACAGACCUGAAGCCAUCAGUGAAGAGAGGUUACGAGAGAUGUUUGGUUUAUAUGGUCAGACAACAGGAAAGGGCAGUGUGUCACUGAAGGAGCUUAACGCCCGGCCUCUGGAAGUGUUCAUGUGCAGUGUGCUAAAAAGGCAGGGCUAUGGAGAAGGCUUCCGCUGGAUGGCGCAGUACAUCGAUUAGCAGCGGCCGGCCCACACACUUCCAGCCCUCAGAGAUCCAUCCCCCAACAUGCAUAACUUGAAUUCAAUAGACUUUUGUUGGUUUCAGAAUAGGUGUUUUUAGAUUAUUAAUAUAUCUACCUGAGUGGGAAUUGCAAACUGAUUCAAGUUUGAAUAUCACAAUGUUAGCUUUCUAAUUCCACACAGAUAGUUUUUACAGUUUCUAACCCCACAUCAAUCCAUCACCGUUUAUAAAGAUCAGCUUCCCAUCGGUACAUUUGAAGCACUUUUUAACGAUGUGAAACUACAAAUAUAAACCAUAUUUAAAAGCUCAUCAUGUGAAACUUUUAUGUACUUUUUGGAAAUAGUUUUUCAAUUUUAGAUUGUCUGCCUAUCUUGUGUACAGUUAAAAUCCGCUUAUCAGUGAUUGCAUGAUGCCUUACGGUUUCCAAGACUACUUUUUCUUAUGCAAACGUCAUGCAAUAAAACAAACUCCAACAUUUGA